AUGGCAAUGGCGGCCAUCUUGGCCGCCGUCUACGUCCUCAGGUAUCUACUCUCUCCGAGCGGCAGGCGCAAGUCACUGAACCUUCCACCUGGCCCGCGGGGAUGGCCGGUGAUCGGCAGCCUCGGCGCACUGGCAGGCGCGCUCCAGCCGCACCGCGUGCUGGCCGCGCUGGCGGCGCGCCACGGCCCGCUCAUGCACCUGCGCCUCGGCUCCUACCACACGGUGGUGGCCUCGUCGGUGGACACCGCCCGGCUCGUCCUCAAGACCCACGACCUCGCCUUCGCCGACCGGCCGCGCACGGCCGCCGGCGAGGUCACCUCCUACGGCUACCUCGGCAUCGUGCACACCCCGUGCGGCGCCUACUGGCGCAUGGCGCGCAAGCUCUGCGCCACCGAGCUCUUCUCUGCGCGCCGAGUGGACUCGUUCCGGCGAGUCCGGGAGCAGGAGAUGCGCGCGCUCGUGCGCGGGCUUCAGGCGGAAGAUGAAGCGGUUGCACGAUCUUCACGACCACUUCUACGAGAACAUCCUCGUCGAGCACGAGGAACGGCGGCGGCGGGUAGCUCAAGCCGGCGGCGAAUUUGUGCGACUGACCUCGUCGACGUGCUGUUGCAGCUCGCCGAGGACACCCAGACGCAGGAGUCGGAGGCCAGUCUCCCUCGCGACGGCGUGAAGGCCUUCAUCCAGGACAUCAUCGCCGGUGGCACGGAGAGAUCGGCGGUGACGAUCGAGUGGGCCAUAUCGGAGCUUCUGCGCCACCCGGAGGCCAUGGCCGCCGCCACCGACGAGCUCGACCGCGUGGUGGGCAGCGGGCGCUGGGUCGCGGAGCACGACCUGCCGGAGCUCCCCUACAUCGACGCCGUCGUGAAGGAGACGCUGCGGCUGCACCCCGUGGGCCCCCUCCUCGUUCCGCACCACGCCCGCCAGGACACGGUGGUGGCCGGCUACGACGUCCCCGCGGGCGCGCCCGUGCUGGUGAACGCGUGGGCCAUCGCGCGCGACCAGGCGUCGUGGCCCGACGCACCCGACACGUUCCGCCCGGACUGGUUCCUGGGCGCCUCCGUGGACGUGCGCGGGGCGCACUUCGAGCUGCUGCCGUUCGGCUCCGGGCGGCGGAUCUGCCCCGCGUACGACCUCGCGAUGAAGCCGGUGGCCGGCGGCGUGGCGAACCUGGUGCACGGGUUCGCGUGGCGGCUGCCGGACGGGGUGGCGCCAGAGGACGUGAGCAUGGAGGACCACGUCGGGCUGUCCACGCGCCGGAAGGUGCCGCUCGUUGCCGUCGCCGAGCCCAGGCUGCUGGCGCACCUCUACGCCGCCACCGAGUAA